AUUGUUCUCGCCGGGAUUCCGUUUCCAAUCGUCAUAUACAUUUGUCUGGCCGGGAUCAUUCUCUUUGUACUAGCAUGCGCAUUGUACCUUUUCGUUACUGCAUUCUGCCGAUCCAUACAUAGAUCACAUCGGAAGCUCAAACUUCUGUACUGGCCAGAAGAGCCCUUCGAUUUCCUCGGUCUGCCACCCGAGAUUCGUAUGGAAGUUUACUGCUAUACUCUCCCCGAGGAUGACAUGUACUACAUGACCGCUCGGAAGUUCAGAUCCUAUGGAAAACAACACGAAGACAUCAAGGAUGAGGUCACUCGACCUCUACCUUCUUUGCUUCGUGUUUGUCGCCUAGUGCACGAAGAAUUCUGCCCUCUCAUCUACGCAAAAGGCGUCUUCUGCAUAACGAUAUACUCAAUCCGGGAUCUGCUUUAUACCUUGGAUCUUCUGGACAGACAUGCAGUACCCACUAUCUUUCACUCCACCAGCAUCUUCUCUAUGAUGAGGCAGAUCAUUCUGAGAGUCAACAACGUUGUAGUAGGCAUUGUCUUCAAGCCUACUGUCAGAGCAUUGUCCCGUACGCUCUACAUGACCUCAAUCUGGUCUGGUCGCGGCAAAGCGCUAUUGAGAGAUGGAGCAAUGGCUAUGAGGAUGAUCAAGAGGAACCAAAGGCUUCGGUCCUGUCGCACGCCAUGGUUUGAAGCUCAAGAUCUGAGGCAUCUUCUCGAGUGCAUCUUCAAAAUUGGUGUACUGGAUAGGCGCGCUCUGACCAAAAUGUUGCCAUGGUACCAACGCCGCCAGCAUUGCCAGAAAUCGUCCAAGUCUCCUGUUUGA